ACUUCCGGCGGGGCCCGGCAGGCGCCGAGGAGGAAGAGCGAUCCCGGACAGCGCCUCUCGGCCGACUCUCGGCGCGGACCAGUGUGUUAGCGGUUGUCUGCCCAGCUCACGGUUUUAAACCCUUCGGAGCUGCAGAUUUAAAAAGUACGGAGAGUGGUGGUGACGAGGGUCCGCAGCGGUGAUGCAGUUCAGGAUGACGACUUCAGGCGCUCUGUUUCCAAGCCUGGUGCCAGGCUCCCGCGGGUCCUCCAACAAGUAUUUGGUGGAGUUUCGGGCAGGAAAGAUGUCAUUAAAAGGAACUACUGUCACCCCAGAUAAACGGAAAGGCCUCGUGUACAUUCAACAGACAGAUGACUCCCUCAUUCACUUUUGCUGGAAAGACAGGACAUCUGGGAACGUGGAAGACGAUCUGAUCAUCUUUCCUGAUGACUGCGAGUUCAAGCGUGUGCCGCAGUGCCCCAGCGGCAGGGUCUACGUCCUCAAGUUUAAGGCUGGCUCCAAGCGGCUCUUCUUUUGGAUGCAGGAGCCCAAGACGGACCAGGACGAGGAGCACUGCCGGAAGGUCAACGAGUACCUCAACAACCCGCCCAUGCCCGGCGCCCUGGGGGCCAGCGGCAGCGGAGGCCACGAGCUGUCGGCGCUGGGCGGCGAGGGCGGCCUGCAGAGCCUGCUGGGGAACAUGAGCCACAGCCAGCUCAUGCAGCUCAUCGGACCCGCCGGCCUCGGAGGACUGGGGGGGCUGGGGGCCCUGACUGGGCCGGGCCUGGCCAGCUUACUGGGCAGCGGCGGGCCUCCGGCAAGCAGCUCCUCGUCCAGCUCCCGGAGCCAGUCGGCGGCGGUCACCCCAUCCUCCACCACCUCGUCCACCCGCGCCACCCCAGCCCCCGCUGCCCCAGCAGCUGCCUCAGCGACCAGCCCGAGCCCCGCGCCCAGUUCAGGGAAUGGAACCAGCACGGCCGCCAGCCCGACGCAGCCCAUCCAGCUGAGCGACCUGCAGAGCAUUCUCGCCACGAUGAACGUGCCGGCCGGGCCCGGAGGCGGCCAGCAAGUUGACCUGGCCAGCGUGCUGACACCCGAGAUCAUGGCCCCCAUCCUCGCCAACGCGGACGUCCAGGAACGCCUGCUGCCCUACCUGCCCUCCGGGGAGUCGCUGCCGCAGACGGCGGAGGAGAUUCAGAACACGCUGACCUCGCCCCAGUUCCAGCAGGCCCUGGGCAUGUUCAGCGCGGCUUUGGCCUCGGGGCAGCUGGGCCCCCUCAUGUGCCAGUUCGGGCUGCCCGCAGAGGCCGUGGAGGCCGCCAACAAGGGCGACGUGGAAGCCUUCGCCAAAGCCAUGCAGAGCAGCGCCAGCCCCGAGCAGCAGGAGGGGGACGGCAAGGACAAGAAGGACGAGGAGGAAGACAUGAGCCUCGACUGAGGCGCCCGCGUCGGGGGGGGGGGGGGUCGCCCCGCUCGUGCGGCCCCGGGAGCGGCGUUUGCCCUCCUCGCCCCCCACACCUCUGUCCCCACUUGCUAAUCAGUAAAGGUCUUUUCUUUUA